AUGAAAAUUUCCAUUCCUUUAACCGUUGUUGCCAUAAUUUGUAUUAUAGCAAUUGAACAAAUUGAAGCAUUUAAUUCUACUUUCGGUAUAUUUGUGUUUUUUUCGCAAUGUAAAGUUUGGGCUACAGAUAAUUAUGGUAAUACUGUAAUGACUACCGGAUGGUUGAAUUGCGAAAAUGGAGAUCCAAGUGUAACUUUUCAUUCUCGAGACAUACAAGCUAAUCCAUAUUACCUUCACGCAAAGGUUAUGGGCAGCAAGAGAGAAACAAAAAAUAGAGGACCAUUUAACUCAGAUACCUGUUUUAAAUUUACCGGAACUGUUGCUACUUGGCAUUUUAAUCAACAAGACAUGUCAUAUUGCCAGAACCCUAGUUAA